UUUUUUUUUUAUUUGCGGGUAUUCAAUAGUGUGCGCAUUUUUUUAUUUUUCUUCUUUCUUGCUCUUCUUCAUUUUCAAAGUAAAUAAAAAUGUCAUCGAUUGAAGAUUUGUUUGGGAAGCUAGCUAUGACUACUGUAACUACAGUAUCUAGAAUCGCACUAAGUCAUGCUACUAAUGCAGCUAUUCGUAAUGUCACAUCAUAUGUCACAACUCAAUUGCCAAAAAACAAGCCUGAUACAAGAGAAAUACGUACGCUUCAACGUCAACUCGAUCUCAAGAUAAAAAAUUUGAAGCCAACAAUUGAUAUUAUCGCAAGAAGCGUCGCUGAUGGCAAUCGAGAUUUGGAACCCGCGUUGGAAAUGUGUAAUGACUUGAAGCAAGACAUUGAUGACUUUGCUCAGCAAGUCAACACAGUAAAAGAACCCGAGCAGGUCAAGCUACGUCUCAAGAGAUUGUUGUCCAAUGUUGACGAUGCCAUUCCAUCUCUUCACUUAUCUUUACGUAGCAUCGAGAACAAAUCCGGUAAGGUCACAAUAUCGCCUUCGAAAUUAAUUCAGGCCUCGAGUAUCUUGUUGGGCAAGGAAACCAAAUUUAAAGUAAAGUUGUAUUCCCUGUUCGCUGCAAACCAACGCGAAGCUUCUGCAGAAGCGUUUACCUGGAAAGAAGAGUUUCACAAGUGUGAUUUGGUCGUCAAGAAAAUUGAACAAGAAAAAAGAGAUUACGAGUUGAUACUUACAGAGGAUAUUGAUGACGGUUUGUAUCAUGAGGAGGGAGAAGAGAGACAGAAAUUGAUCAUCGAUAUCAAUCGCAUUCAACGCAUGUACUAUACCCAAAGUGGAGAAUUAUUAAAUAUUGAAGACUCCAAAACGCCCGUGCUUGUAGUGAAGGUUUCCAAAGUAAAGUCCCAAGAUGACGACAGCAGUGAUGAGAAGUUAAUUCAAAUCAAGGAGACUGCACCAGAAAUUAUAAAAGAAGAGUUGCAGGAAUCGGAUUGGUAUGCCAUUGGGUUAUGGACAGAUGAGGACAAUGACAGUAGUGACAGUGAGGAAGAAAAGCCUGUCAGUUCAAGUGUUUCGACGGUUUCAAGCAGUUCGGAAUUCACAUCCAACUUGUUACUUUUAGAAAGUGUUGUUAAAUUGGCAUUGUUGGAAAUAUCUGAACAAAUGAACCACAUGUACGCUUCGGAUGAGUUAAUAUCCUUGUAUAUGAAAUAAUCAUGCAUAAGAAUCCUGGUUUAAAAUGUUAGUGUACGACAUUCCCACCCCAUAAAAUAAAUAUAAAUAAAAGAAAAACAUGACCUCUCAAGCUCUUAUUUUCGGCCAACCAGAAGACAUAAAUCUUACUAUUCAUUUGCUCAAUAUCAAAUGACAUACAGUUUCAAUUAGAAAGGAAG